UUCAAAAAUGGUUGACGUGCCUGCUUGGGCAUGCUUAUUGAGUAUACGAAGCCACAUAUUUCUCUGUUAGUUUUUAUUGCAUGUAUUGGUUUUACAACUACAUAACUCACUAAGUGUACCAAGAUAUGCUGAUUGAACGAGGCGUUACCGAAAUAACGAAAGCAGCAGUAGGAAUUUUCGUAUGGAUUUAUCAGGUGAUGCUGUAUAAAAUUUAGUCACAAAUGCAAACGAAACAUGAUUUUCACAGAGAUAAUGGAUCCCAGCCUACUGCUGUGGAUGUCUUCAGAGGUAGACAAAAAACCACCUUAGACUUAGGACUUGGGACUCAGAGGGUGGUACAGGAGGAUGGAACAAAUUACAUUCUUAUUGUCAACCAGCACUCGCAACAGGCAACAAGAGCUCAGAUACCAACAGCAGAAAUGCUCUUAAAGUCCACAAAAUCAUCUCCUCAGUUUGUUCUGACUGAAAACAAAAACAAAUUGUCAGGGGAAAAUGCUACCAUCACUCCUGAUAAAUUUUGCCCAGCGGAGUUCAAAGUUCAAAGCAAAACCAUUUCUCGAUGCAAAGGACAUGUUGGAAACAACAUAAAAGAACAUUUAAAAAUUAACUUUUCAAACUUAGGAUUUGAUGAGUAUGACAGUACAGCAUCGUCAUUUAAUGUUUUCAAAGACGAAUCUGAAGAAAAGGAAUGUUCAACAGUUGCUCAAUCAUCAGAUGAAGGAUACUCAGAAUCAAACAUGAACAUUGAAAACUUUGUCAAACAACAUUAUAAAGGUUUAAACCUCAAUGAUACUCAAGAGAUGAAGAGUCCUUAUAAUGUAUCCAGAACUACAUAUACUCCUUCCUGCAACAUUGAUCUCUCUGCAUCAUCAGGGUACCAGUCAGCUGGAGGCUCUAGUUGGCUCACCAGUCCAACCCCUUCAGAUUUAGCAUCACCAAGUCCAAACAAUGCUGCCAGACAAGUUAUUCUCAUCUCCCCUGGUCCAACCAGAACAUUAGGUGUCAGCAAAAACAGUGCUGUUGUAUCCAGUCGGGUGGCCUCUAACUGCUCUAUAGCCUCGCCUGUGUCCUCAUUAGCUUGUAAUCUGCAAGGAACAGCUUUCUUUCAGUCACCAGCUGGAGUUUCACCAGUCCUUUCAAAUAUCCAACAUGAUUUGGGAAAGCCCCUAUCCAGUUCUACUCCUGUUGAAACUAAAUCCAUAUCUGUGUCUGGCAUAAACACAUCCACAGGAGCUUCUUCUUUUCCAAAUACAACUGAUACCAUUCAGAAGUUGAUGCAAGCCAAAACAUCAAUGCAUUCCCUGACCAGUAAGGCUUCUGCAGCAAAAUGCCUCAAAUCUAUGAAUAUUGUGUUACCCAACUUAAGUCAAAUACCAAAAACAAAUACAAAAAUGACAAUCACUGAAAAAGGUAUAAAACAAGAACUUCCGGAGCCACCUGAUCCACAAGCUGGGGAGGUGGUUAUUCACAUCAACAUCAAGGAACAACAAGCCGUGGUCAAGAUGGAGUGUGACCGAUCUCGACCAACCACACCUCAUCACUUGACUGACCCUUUGUCUCCAGACAUGAGCAAUACACCAGACUGUCUAAAUAAUUCCCUCACCAACAUGCACUGGCUGAAAGGUAUCCAAGGCAUCAAUGAGUCGGUACAGAGCAGUCCUAAGCCAGUCCCUACUCUUGUUGAGACACCCAAAGGUGUGGCGUCCAACCCGUUACAGUGGCGAUGCCUCAGUACCUCAGAUGUAGAGAAGAUUGCCAGGGAGUGUGGUCGUCACAAAAGACCACCAUUUUCGUACAUGACGCUGAUACAGAUGGGUCUGAAUUCACGAGAGGACAAGCGUAUGACCCUGAGGGAGAUUUGUCAUUGGAUAGAGGACACCUUUCCCUACUAUAAACACACCGCCAAACCUGGCUGGAAGAACUCCAUACGACACAACCUGUCAUUGUACAGUAUAUUUGAGAGGGAAAAAUCUAAAAAGCAUGGCUCUCACUGGACAAUACGUGAUGACUGUCCAGAGAAGUCCAAAUCAGUUCCUGCCAAAGAUGGACUGAGGAAAGGUCCACUGGGUAUUGGAACCAUGCUUCCUGUGAGCCUACCAACGUUUUUGCAGCAAUCACACGGACUCAAAGUGGCAUUACCGCCUAAUACUGUACUAGGAGACAGGUCUAAGAAAGGUCCCCAGCCAAUCCUACCCCGACCAAUGGCAGUGUCUCAAACCCCUCUGCAGACCUACGCACUCAUCCCUAUACAGAACAUGGGCCAGGGCCUCCAGCAGGGCAUCCAAAUUCCGUCCACCUCCCAGGGCCAACCAAUGCUCAUCCAGCUGCCUAAGUCCGGGCAGAGCCUCUCACAACACUCAAACCCAGGGUCCCCAUUACUUUCUCCAUUGGUGCAAAACAUUGAGGAGAAGCCAUUGUGUACACGCCUCAAGAAGAAACAGCGUUACUCUGCCAUAGCCCCCAAGGAGGUCUCCACAUCUACACCAUCUCCCAAGCACUCCAUCAGUAUCGUACGUCAGGCGUGGAUUGAUUCACAGAACAAUAGUACAAGUGAUGACAGUGAUACAACUCGACUGGGAGAUUCAAAGUGUAUCCAUUCCUCACAGGGACAAACGGGUGCCAAGAAAGCCAAGUUGCGAGCAGGUCUUCCAAAACCUAAAAUUUACAUGCGCACCACACCACCGUCUCGUAAGGGUAAAGCACGAAGGAAACAGAAACUUGUGCCAAAAGAGCGAGAGCUUAUGGCUGAGAGUUCUGAGGAAGAUUUGGAAAAUCUUGAGCAGGAGGAUCCUUUAACAUCUGUGUUACCCUCCAGUGGCAGUACCACUGUGUCUACAUCCACACCUCUAAAAGUCUGUGGCUUUCCCUCUCCACAAAUGCCCUCCCCUAUAAUUGGUCUAACACCACUCAGGAGUAGCGGGCUACUGGACUCAAGUUUCUUGGACUGCUUGAAGGAUUCUGAUUCUGAAUCUAAGGGCUUUUUGAUAUCUCCAGAUAUCCGCUGUGCAAAGAAGUUGUCACUUGGCCAAAACCGAACUCCUCCUAAUUCUUCAGUGUUAGAUUUGAACUUCUCCUUUUCUCAAACUCCCCUGCGUUGUGAUCCAGGAACAGACUUUGGGGGAGGAGAUCAUAACCAAAGUCUUUCAAAAUUUUUGGCUGAGUUUCCUAUUGACACUAAUAUGAUGGAAGAUGGACUUCCAGUAGACAUUUCAAGCUUAAAUUGGAGUGUUGGGGAACAGGACCAGAGUCCUUUGAGUAAUAGCUGAUUCAGGCACGUCCUCUUAGGGAAUUACUUCAAUACCAGCAUGUCUUCCUAGAAAAAGCUGGUUCAGACAUGUCUUCCUAGAAAUAGCUGGUUCAGACAUGUCUUCAUAGAAAUAGCUGAUUCAGUAUGUUAUCCUAGGGAUCAGCUGAUUCAGUAUGUUAUCCUAGGGAUCAGCUGAUUCAGGCAUACCUUACUAAAGAAUUACUAAUUCGAGCAUGUGAACAGCUGAUUCAGGCAUGUCUUCAUAGGUAACAGCUGAUUCAGUAUGUUAUUCUAGGGAUAAGCUGAUUCAGGCAUACCUUACUAAAGAAUUACUAAUUCGAGCAUGUGAACAGCUGAUUCAGACAGGUCUUCCUAGGGAACAGCUGAUUCAGUUAAGUCCUCCCACGAAACAGCUGAUUUAGUCAUUCUCCUAUAGCGGACAGCUGAUUCAGGUAUUUCAGCUACACUUUUCUUUGAAAAUAUCAUGACAUAGGUCAAAAAUUGUUAGGGUGUAAAAAUCAUGUUUGAGAUGUGAUGGGAGAAUGAUCUUGUUCAUCUGUAAAUGUUUUUUUAAGUUUUCUGUCUAUAGCAUGCCACAGAAAUGCCUUGUUUGAUAAAUGUAGUAGGUCUUGGCCUGGUAUGUGUGCCGUCUUUCCUAUAGCUUUAUAGCUAUAGUCUCUGAGUAUUUUUAUGGUAACAAUAUUGAACACUCCAAAUUAUAUGGAAAAAACUCAUAUAAUGCAAAAUUUUCAGACCCAGUACAAUCUUAUAGUAAUCUGAAAAUUGUCCACGUUAUCUAUUAAAACAUACACAAUCAUUCCAGGUUUUAUGGAGUUUAUGGGAACAAUUCACUUAAUGAGGUUUAUGUUUAAAUACAACUAUACACACAAAAAAGUCUGAAAUUCAAGCAUUUUUCUGUUUAUAACCCCCAAAAAAACAUCUGACAGCAGACCUAGAAAUGUAAGUGAGUAUUUUUUUUCUUUUUACCCAUCCAGUUAAACUUGUCAUACAAGAUUUAUUUAGAUGCACUAAGUUUUAUUCAAUAAUUGUAUAUCAGAUAAAGAUUUAAAUAUAUACCAUAUAUAGUAUAGUUCAUUCAUGAUUAGAUUCUGAUCACAUCACGUUGUAUACAGCACAUUUGUUGUGAGAUUCAUCCUUGGGCACAUUCAACACUGAACAGAUAACACUGUACCAUUCAUUUACAUCUUGUUGCUCUUUGUUUAAUUCUUGAAAGAUCUAGUAUGAUAUUGUAUAAAACUUCAGACAAUAAGGCACUUUGUGGACAGGCCAUUCAUCUAAAUCUAUUAUGACCCUUUCUCUGGAGAACUGGGCCCGUAUUCAUGAAACCGUUCUCAUGCUCAAGCAAAAG